UUGUUUGAGUAAUAUAAUAUCUAUUAAUAAAUUAUUAUAUUUUAUAACUCGUCCUGAGUUUUUGUUUAUUGACAAUUUGUAUAGUAUAUUCAAGGAUUAUAUAAAAAAUAGAAAUGAGUACAAUAAAGAAAGAUUAAGUAAAUCUGAUUAUUAUUAUGAACAGAGGGAGAAGUUAUAUAAGGAACAUAGAAGGAAAAUGAAUAGGCAGAAUAUAAGAACAGAUAGUAGUAACAACAACAAUAUUAAUAAUAGUAGUAGUAAUAAUAAUAAUAAUAAUAAUAAUAAUAGUAACAUAUAUAAUAAUAAUUAUUAUUAUAGUAGUAGUAUUAAUAAAGUCAGCUUUGAUGAUGAUGAAAAGAUUGAAGUAGAAAGUUUUUUAGACCAUAACGGUGUAGUAGGUAGUAAUAAGAAAAUAAAAAGAGAAAAGAUACGUGAAUAUUUUAAGAAAGAAAAGAAUUUAUUAAAGAAAUUAAAUUUUAUGACAAAGUUUAAUAAGAAUACUAUAAAGAAAAGUAUGAUAGUUAUGAACAAUUCAGAUGAAUG